AUGGUAGAUCUAAACCAGCUACUGGCUGUCAAGCCGGCGUCGCUUCUAGCAGCGCUAACAGCAGCAAUAUUGCUCGCUCUCUACGGUCAUCCCCGCCAGUUUCUCAAAGGCAUACAAAACCUGCCGGAAGAGUAUUCAAUUACGCGCGCAAAGGCCAGAGUGGACACCGACCACGAGCAGCAACCUACUGAAUUGCCGUACCCGGUGGAUGCUUCUCCUGGAGGAAGGACAGUAUAUGGAACGAUUCAGGUGUUUGAAUGGGGACCCGAAAAUGGCGAGAAGGUCUUGUUGGUGCACGGUCUCGGCACUCCAUGUAUUGCCUUAGGGGAUAUGGCAAAGGAGUUUGUGCGCAGGGGUUACCGGGUGAUGAUCUUCGACCUCUUCGGUAGAGGCCACUCAGAAACGCCGAAUGAUCUCCCACAUGACGCUCGGCUCUACACUACGCAGAUUCUUCUCGUUCUCUCAUCUUCCCCGCUCUCCUGGACGGGGUCAUCCGCCUUCCAUAUCGUAAGAUUCUCCCUUGGCGGCUCAAUCGCGGUCGCAUUUGCCGCUUACCACGCAAUCCUGCUUCGUUCAAUAACCGUCAUCUGUCCGGGAGGACUGAUCCGCACAUCGCAUAUCAGCCGCCGAAAUAUCCCCGACAGAGCCCAGGGCGCAGAUAUGGACUUCGAUGCAGUGCCGAUUGCGGCGGAUCGGCCGCAAGUGAGGAUCGGUGACGUGAUCCGAUGGCAGCUCCGCGCGAACCCGGGAUUCGUGCCGUCGUAUUUGAGUACCAUCCGAGGUUCUUUGGUAUUUAGGCGCCAUGACCAAAUGUGGAAAGUCCUGAGAGACGAACUGGCGCGUCGUCGAACACCAGAUGGACCGCCCGGUCUACCGGGUGUCUGA